AUGAGUUGCCAACAACAAGAAGAGAUUCUGGUGAAAACAGUAUGCGAGAUAUAUGACAAAAUCUCAAAGCUAGAGAGUUUGAAACCUUCUGAAGAUGUCAACAAGCUCUUAGCUCAACUGAAACUCACAUGCAUACCUCCAAACCCUAUUGAUACAACCAAGUUAUGUCAAAAGCAUCAAGAGAUUAGGACUCACUUGAUACAACUUCGGGGUGAAUCCCAAAGUUCACUAGAAACCCAUUUCUCAACUAAAUUAGGAUCAUAUGAGAACCCACUUGAUCAUAUUGAAGAAUUCCCUGCCUACCCAAAUUACAUCAAACUUGGUCUGCUAGAGUUCACAAUACUCGGUAACCAUACCAAGAAUGAUGGCCAAGAUCCUAAGAGCAGGAUUGCUUUUGUGGGUUCAGGUCCGCUUCCUCUUUCUUCAAUUCUUUUGGCAUCAAAUCAUUUGAGGAACACAUCAUUUCAAAGCUACGAUUUCGAUGAGUCGGCUAAUUACUUGGCAACUCGAUUGGUUUCUGUUGAUCCAGAUUUAUCGAAAAGAAUGUUCUUUCACACAACUGAUAUCUUGAAUGUUUCCGACGAACUAAGUGAUUAUGAAGUUGUUUUCCUUGGAGCUUUAGUUGGUAUAAACAAGAAUGACAAAGUUAAAGUUAUUAAUCAUUUGGCCAAGUACAUGGCUCCUAACUCCAUUUUGAUGCUAAGGAGUGCUCACGGUGCUCGCGGGUUCAUAUACCCAAUCGUCGAUCUUACAGAUCUUAAAGGGUUUGAAGUUUUACAAGUUUUUCAUCCAACCAAUGAGGUAAUGUGUUCGAUUAUCAUCGCGCGCAAGUCUAUAAUUAAUGGUAUGUGA